GAAAAAUUUCAGCUGCUAACAAACUAAUUCUACUAAUCUCCUAAUCAUCUACCUGAUAAAAAAAAAAAAUUAUUAUUUUAAGAUAAACAAUGAGUGUGUUUUAAGCAAAGCCAAAAGUGGUCCCAUCAUUGCAUGUGGGUGUGGUGACUGGUUUUGAGAGCUGCUGCCAUUAAUACCCAUUGUUGAGUUUUUUUGGAUUUCUGGGAUUGUAACAUCAUCAUUUAUGGGUAUGACAGCUUGGAGGGAUUUGUUAUUUUCAUGGGUACAGUGAGGAAACAGCUGCAGUGAUUAGGUUGUUGGAUUUCUCUUAUGGGAAUGAGUGGUGUUGAGUUUGUUUUUGAGUUUUGAAAUUUUCUAGGUGUGGGUGUUUAGGGCAGGAGGAAGAGGGUAAUCUACCAUUGCAGGUGGGGUGGAAGGAAUUGGAAGGGUUGACCCAAGGCAAAACUGAAAUUGGUGUCAUAUUUGGGGGAUGUUGUGUUCCAGGGCUGGGAUCUGAAGUGCGGUUAUCUUGUUUAACCGUUUUAGGUGGUUUUCCUCAUUGGAUUUGAGGUGGUUUCCCCUUCACUGGAAGUUGUUGUUGGUGUUUCUGCAUUUUGAAGGGUUAAAUUAAUUGUUCACAAUUGAGAGCAGAAGCAGCAUUUGGGGCUCGUUCAAAGUUCUGAGAGUAGUGUUUGAAGUGUGAUUAAAGGAGCUGUCUUUGGGUCCUGAGGAACCCUGUUUGCAGUUCUGUCUGUUAAUUGAAGUUUUAUCCUUCUUGCACUGUGAGAAAAUGGCUUGCAUGAAAUUGGGAUCCAAGACUGACGCAUUUCAAAGGCAAGGGCAGGCCUGGUUCUGCACAACUGGGCUGCCUAGUGAUAUCGUUGUUGAAGUUGGAGAAAUGUCCUUCCAUCUCCACAAGUUCCCUCUACUCUCAAGAAGUGGGGUUAUGGAAAGAUUGAUAUCAGAAGCAUCUGACGAAGGAGAACAAAAAUGUUCCAUAAAUCUGCCAGAAAUUCCGGGUGGAGCUAAAACAUUUGAACUUGUUGCCAAAUUCUGCUAUGGGGUGAAACUUGAACUCACAGCAUCCAAUGUGGUCUAUCUUAGGGGUGCUGCUGAGCAUCUUGAAAUGACUGAGGAAUACGUGGAGGGCAAUCUUAUCACACAAACGGAAACCUUUCUCAACCAAGUAGUCCUCCGGAAUUGGAAAGACUCACUAAGAGCACUCCAGACUUGUGAUGAUAUUCUUUCUUAUGCAGAUGAACAACAUAUUACACAGAGGUGCAUUGAGUCGUUAGCAAUGAAGGCAUCUACUGACCCAAAUCUAUUUGGAUGGCCCAUGGUGGAGCAUGGGGUCCCUAUGCAGAGCCCAGGUGGGAGUGUCUUGUGGAAUGGAAUAAGUACUGGGGCCAGACCAAAAAAUACAAAUUCAGAUUGGUGGUAUGAGGAUGCAUCAACAUUAAGUUUACCUCUCUAUAAGAGAUUGAUCACACUCAUGGAGUCUCGUGGCAUUAGACAGGAAUUUAUUGCUGGUUCCCUUACCUUUUAUGCUAAAAGGUACCUACCUGGUUUGAACAGGCGUCAGGGUGCUAAUGAUUCCAGUACACGUCCUGCACCUGUGGCCUUGGGGGCACCGCCAUCAGAAGGAGAGCAGAAGCUUUUACUAGAAGAGAUUGAUAGUUUGCUUCCAAUGCAGAAGGGCCUUGUCUCAAUCAAGUUCCUCUCUGGACUACUUCGAACAGCCAUGAUUCUUCGAUCAAACCCCUCUUGCAUAUCAAAUCUCGAAAAAAGGAUAGGGAUGCAACUAGAUCAAGCAACUUUGGAAGAUCUUCUAAUGCCUAAUUUUUCUUAUUCAAUGGAAACACUUUACAAUGUUGACUGUCUGCAACGGAUUCUUGAGCAUUUUCUUGCCAUGGAUCAGAUCACAGGUGGAGCCUCUCCGUGUUCAGUUGAUGAUGGUCAGUUGAUUGGAUCACCUUCCUUGGCACCAAUCACAAUGGUAGCCAAGCUGAUUGAUGGUUACCUUGCGGAGGUUGCCCCUGAUGUUAAUUUGAAACCCCCAAAGUUUCAAGCUCUUGCUGCUUCUGUUCCUGACUAUGCAAGGCCCUUGGACGAUGGUCUUUAUCGUGCAAUAGACAUUUAUCUGAAGUCACACCCAUGGUUGUCCGAAUCUGAAAGGGAACAACUUUGCCGGCUGAUGGACUGCCAGAAACUCUCCUUGGAAGCUUGUACCCAUGCCGCACAAAAUGAAAGACUGCCACUGAGAAUAGUUGUCCAAGUCCUGUUCUUUGAGCAGCUUCAGCUUAGGACCUCAAUUGCUGGCUGCUUUCUGGUUUCUGACAACCUUGAUGGAUCACGACAGUUAAGAAGUGGGUUUGCAGGAUCUAAUGAAGGAGGCUGGACCACAGCUGUAAGAGAAAAUCAAGUCUUGAAGGUUGGGAUGGAUAACAUGAGGAUGCGGGUUUCUGAGCUUGAGAAGGAGUGUUCCAACAUGAGGCAAGCAAUUGAGAAGUUAGGUCAGGUCAAGGGUACUAAUACUUGGGGAAAUGUCUCAAAGAAAUUUGGGUUCAAGUUAAAGUCUCAAAUGUGCAGUGCUCAAGAGGGUUCUGUUAGCAAGCAAAAUAGCGUCAAUGGAAGGAACCGGCACCAUGGAAAGCACAAGAAAAACUUUAGUCAAGACGUAUAAUACUCUUUUUUCCAUGUGUAGUUCCUUUGUGGAUUAUUUUAGCAUUGUUUAAGAGUAAAUUGUAUGUAGUCGCACUUCAAAUUUGGAAAACCAAAAAUCCAAUCUCCAAUCUGUGUCAUACACUUUCUGUGUCAACUAUUCAUAUUGCCUCAAUGAACUACUUAUUUCCAC